AUGAGCAAAGAUCAAACACCGCUGGGCAAGUCUCACAAAAGUAACAAGAAAAAGGAUGAUGAUGAUCCUGGGAAACUCAUUAAGCCUCUCGAUCAACUGGAUCUUACUGAUGCAGAGCUAAAAGAUGAAAUCACAAGGAUCCUGACCGCAACGAAUCCACAUGCUCCUGAUAAUCUUGCCCACUAUAAAUAUAACGAUGGUGCUUACAGGCUGACCACCGCUAUGGAGCACUUGGCUGUCCACUUCGUCUUGGAGGGCUGUCUGGAACACGAUGAUGAUGCUAGUAGUCUGACCAGUGAAGACGUCCCUGAAGAUGUUGAUACGGCAGCAGAACCUGUUGAGGAUACUUCUGGGGAGGAUGAUGAUGCUGGAGAGGAUGACAGAGCAGAAAGUGUUGCCUCCAAAGCAAACAAUCAGGAGCCAAAAACUACUAACCAAUUCAACUUCAUCGAAAGAGCCUCUCAAACACUCAACAAUGCACUGCACGGUAGAAGCUGCCAGACUAUACCACCUCCCCGCUGCAACUACUUCGCCACCGCUACUCAGUGGGCGAUAUAUGAUGCAUACAUGGAGGAACUGCAGCAACAAGAAAUAAAAAAAGAGAAACAGAACUCAAAGAAAGAUGAUGACAAAGCCAAAAAGAAGAUUCUGCUCAUUGAGACACCAAGCGAUGACAUCAACCAAGUAGCCAAAGCAGUCAAGAUGUUUGAGCGAAUGGUCAACCAGAAUACAUUUAACGAAAUAUCACAAGAUUUUAGAUACUUCGAGGAUGCAGCGGAUGAAUUCAGGGAACAGGAGGGCACUCUUCUUCCCCUGUGGAAGUUCCAAUAUGACAAAGCCAGAAUUAUGUCAGUCACAUCCCUGUGCUGGAAUAAUAUCUACCCGGACUUUUUUGGAGUGGGAUUGGGAUCGUAUGACUUCAACAAACAGGGCCGUGGGAUGCUUCUCUUCUACACAAUGAAGAACUCUACCUUCCCUGAGUACAUCUUCCCUACAAGUUCUGGCGUCCUGUGCCUGGACAUCCAUAAGCAACAUUCCUACUUGGUGGCUGUAGGCUUCUAUGAUGGCUGUGUGUGUGUGUACAAUUUGAAGAAGAAGGGACAGGACCCUGAGUAUAAGAGUACUGUUAAUACUGGCAAGCACAGUGACCCUGUAUGGCAGGUACGGUGGCAGAAUGACAACAGCCUUACUUUCUAUUCUGUGUCCUGUGAUGGCCGAGUUGUGUCUUGGACAAUCAUCAAGAAUGAGCUGGUCUUCUCAGAUGCUAUCAGGCUAAUGCUGACUGAUAGAGUGUCUGAUGGCCUAGAUGGUAUUCAAGAGCUCAUUACCGCUAGCGGUACAUCCUGUGACUUCCACAAACAGAUCGACUCUCUCUUCCUUGUUGGCACUGAGGAAGGUAAAAUACACAAGUGCUCCAAGAAUUACUCGAGCCAAUAUCUAGAGACCUAUGAUGCCCACAAUAUGGCAGUGGAUGCAGUAAAGUGGAAUCCCUACCACUCAAAGGUUUUCAUCUCUUGCAGUACAGACUGGACGGUCAAGAUCUGGGACCAUGAUUACAAAACUCCCAUGUUCACCUUUGACCUCAAUGCAUCAGUUGGUGACGUGGCCUGGGCACCAUACUCCUCCACUGUCUUUGCUGCUGUCACCACAGACGGACUGGUCCAUGUUUUUGACCUGGCCAUCAACAAGUAUCAGGCUAUCUGCCAGCAGCCAGUGGUGUCCAAAAAGAAGACCAAGCUAACACACAUUGAGUUUAAUCCCAUCCAUCCUGUUGUCAUAGUGGGUGACGAUCGAGGCUCCGUUAUCAGCCUCAAGCUGUCCCCUAACCUCCGCAAGAAACCGAAGGGGAAGAAGGGCCGGGAUUUGGUCGAAGGUCCUGAAGCAGAAGUAGCCAAGAUGGAGAAACUACUCAGUUUGUUGAGAGACCUCGGGCAAAGCACAGUUUAAAAAAAACACUAUGAUUUCAAAAUACAAUCAAGUGUUUUAUUUUCAGUUUCUUUCUUGUAUUGUCAAUUACUGAUUUACUCUUGAACAUUUUUUUGUACUGUAAUACAUACA